AUGGUUGCUUCAGCAAAGACGACACUAUACAGUCCAGGUGAGGACACGUUCGAGCUACAUUCGGUGCAGCUGGAGCUGGAGGCCGUGGAGAAGCAGAUCUGCGACCUGGUGGAGAAGCAGGCCCGGCUGAGAGAGCGGAGAGCCGCGCUGGAAACAUCCCGGGCUGACGCUCACAAGUCUGGGGUAAGUAUACAGCGCGCUGCUAACACUCCGACCACCUCUACUCCAUGUGUUUCUCUGCACAGGCCCUGUGCACCCAGGACGCGAUCUUCCCAGGUGUCCUUCACUCCGGCGCCGGGACACCACGGACCCUGGGUGCACCAGCAGCGGAAGACGCGAGCCAGGCCCCGGGUGAUGACCUCUCCCCCUCCGCCACCUCUGGUUUUCGAGAUCUCCACCCGGAACCGCUUCGCUCCCCUCCGCAAGACGGAACGCGACGCUGUGAUCGUCGGAGACUCCAUCGUCCGGCACGUCCGUGCUACAUUAGCUGAAGGUAAAGUGCACACUCACUGUUUCCCCGGUGCUCGUGUUCUCGAUGUUUCUGCGCAGAUACCCGUGAUCCUGAAGGGCGACGAGAGCAUCGGCGCUGUCGUGCUGCACGCGGGGGUUAACGACACCAAGCUGCGGCAGACAGAGACACUGAAGAGGGACUUCAGGAGCCUGAUCGAGACGGUACGCAGUACAUCGCCUGCGACGACAAUCAUCGUGUCAGGACCGCUUCCCACGUAUCGACGAGGACACGAAAGGUUCAGUAGACUUUUUGCUUUAAACAAAUGGUUGUUGUCAUGGUGUAAAGAACAGAAACUGCUCUUUGUUAAUAAUUGGAAUCUUUUCUGGGAGCGUUCUAGGCUUUUCCGUGCUGAUGGCCUGCACCCCAGCAGAGUCGGAGAGGAACUCCUGUCGGACAACAUCUCCAGGACGCUACGCUCCAUAUGACUAGUCACCAUAGCCACCCAGAUCCAGUCUGUAUCCAGCCCAGAUGGUGGAUCAGCACCUAGAGACAACCUCUACAGCCCUGAAUGUCAGCGGAGACCUUGUCAGCUAGAUGAGCUCCAGAGACAGAUCCCCCCCGAAGAUCUCAUUGACCACGAGAACCAGACAAGUCCUCUGCUCAAUCUGACCUGUGUUGCAGCCUAGAAUUAAACCACGCCAUGCUGGUUUCGUCUGGCCAGAGGAGAACUGCCCCCCGACUGAGCCUGGUGUCUCCCAAGGUUUUCUACUCAAUUUCUGUCACAGAUGGAGUUUUGGGUCCUUGCCGCUGUCACCUUUGGCUUGCUUAUUUGGGGACGCUUGGCUGAUUGCACAGACACUAUUGGAAAAUAGCUGAACUGGAUGAUGACUUCACUGAAUCAUCAAUGAACUGACUUUAACUGGAAAAAUGACUUGUUAUUGUUCUCUUGCAUUGACAAACUAUUUUCCUGUUUGACUCUGUAAAGCUGCUUUGACUCAAUCAGUAUUGUAUAAAGCACUAUAUAAAUAAAGGUGAUUUGACUUGAUGUUAUAUACUGUAACACCUGGUUCAUUCAUUUUAUUUUUUUUUACUUCUGCCUCAUUUUAAAUAUGUAAUUGUGAACCGUAGUAAUAUUUGUAAAUGUUUGUUUGUUAACAUUUUGCUUAGCUUGUUUAGUUUUUUCUUAGUUCAUUAAAGUUUAAACUGAAGUUUGCAGUUGUAUUACAGAAGUAAUGUUUGUCAACAGGAGCUUUAAAGGGAUAGUGCACCCAAAAAUGAAAAUGUGCUGUUAAUUUACUGACCGUCAGGCCAUCCAAGAUGUAGGUGACUUUUUUCUUCAAGCCUGUAUGUUUAGUCUGUAUGAAAAAUGUUAUAAAUGGAGAGUGUUAUUAA